UACACAUUUACUCAUUCUGAAAUUAUUGAAUAUCGUACACAAUUAUUUGUCCUGCAGAUAUAACAAGUUGUAUGAAUAUUAAAUUUUUAAUAAUUCGGGUAGAAAUGUAUGGAAUAAAAAGUUUUCUUUUUAGUUUAAUGGCCAUGAGUAUGGUUGAUUUUUCAGGAUGCCAAGCGCCUGAUGACGUUUGUGCCGAUGUGCAGAAAAUCAAAGAUGCUUUCAAGAGGUCAAACUGCAAGCUUACUCAAGAAAUCAUUCCAAUUACAAACGCCUCGUGCACAUCUGUAAACGAUUUGCUGCAUUGCGUUGCUGAAUCCAUUUAUGGCUACGGAAAGCGAGAACAUAGAAAACCUUGUGUUCUGCACAUGCGCACUGCCAUCCAGGACGAAUACAUAGACUCGUUUCCAGCUUGUCAUUUUACAUGGAGAUCCUGCAGCACGUUAUGGUGUGAACUCGGAGUCGAAUACACAGAUGCUCAAUUCAAAUGUAUUUUCUGGUGCAUUGGAGGUCCUGCAGCUAUUGGAAUUGGAGGAGUUCUAGCUCUUAUAAGCCUUUAACGAUUGGUCUGCCAGCGUUGGGUUUCGGAGCUGCGGGAAUAGUUGCCAACAAUAUUGCCGCCACUAUCAUGGCCUGGUGGGCCGGUGCAGUACCUGCAGGAGGCAUCAUCGCCACCCUGCAGUCUAUUGCAGUGUUAGGAAUCGGGUACAAGGCCAUUUUGGGCACGUUUCUUUCAGCAGCAGCUAUCUCAAGAGCUGCGAUGGAUUGCAAUUGCUGCGAAAAGUAAUCAAUAAAUAUAAAGAACUAAUGCAGUAUACAGGUGUAACAUCUGUAGAAAAUCAAUGUUUACUCAGAAAGUCAGUCGUAUUCAAAUUAUAACAUGCAAAUUGAAUAUAACUUUACCAAUUAGUGAUCAACUUAAGAGCAAUCUUGAAAUAACUUUCAGUUUCAUGUAGAAAGAAAAGGUCAUAAAGCUGCACUCUCACAGAUUGAACGUUUUGACAACCAUUUUUUGUCUUGGAACGAGCCAUUGUUUUUGCAAAUACUCAUGGAAACCAGUUAUAUAAGACUGCUGACAAAAAAUGAGAUCGCAGAUUCUUAUUUAUGAUUUCAAGAAUGAAUGUUUUAUGCAUUUUUUUUACCGAUAGUAACGGUUUAAACCAUAAAACAUUAAUUUCCGAACGGAAAUAUGAAAAUCUACGAUCUGAUUUUUCGCGAUAUUAACGCGAAGAAUUGCUUUUUCCAAGACAAAAAAUAAAAAAAGUUGUUAAGAUGGUCAAUCUGUGAGAGUGCAGCUUUAAUAUGGUGACAUAUAACUGCCAUUAGAUAACCUGUAAACUCCGCGAAAGGACGCGCACACCUGAUUACUCUGUUUUGAUAGCGACAUUUGAAACGGACUACAAUCGCUACUAUCAAGAUCACGAGGCCAUCCCCAGCAAAGUGCGAUAUAAAUCAAAAAGAGUCCCUCAGGAGUUUAUGACUAGAAAAACUUCACGCUUAGCUGUUUCAAAUUUGAAUGGAAGAAUAGAGAUGUGCAAAAAACUCGAACAAAAAAGGACUGUAUUUAUUUUCUGAAAAUUUCUUUGGAUAUGGAUUGUUAAGGGAGCUCCUUCCCGAAAUUUUGCUUGUAUUGUUCGAGUAUGCUGAAAUAUUGUGUCAAUGAAAUUUAGUUUGUUACUGUAAAUUAUACUUGCUUGUUUUCUCAUGGAAUGUGACUCGGGUUUGUUCUAAUCCGGCGUACCUAUCUUUGGCAUCAACUUCAAUCUAUUUUCGAACAAAAAACGAGACCUAAAUUUAUUUGUUUAGAAUGAAACUACUAUAAUUGUUGUAUCAGAAAUAUGUAUACAUGCGAUUAGGGCUCUUCUUGUUAUUUUUUAAAUUCAAUUUAUUAGAACUGCAUAUUUAGAAAUUCUGAAUCAUGCAAAAAGACACUGUUUGGUGAAGUUGUGAAGUACAAACACUGUUUUUUAACAAUUCUAUUUGAUGACAGGCACACAAUACAGCUUUAACUCUGUUUGUAAAA